GGGGCGAGGGGCGAGGGGGUCGGCACUCCCCGGCCGGGAGGAGGAUGGGGGCGCCUGUUGCUUCUUCAGGGGACCACGUCCGCCGCCGUCCGCCCCGUUGAGGGGUUGGGAGGCCCUCGCCCUGCUGGGAGGGCGGCUCGUUUUUCGUCCCUGAGGAAGGUGGGAGUCAAUCACUUUGACAAGUCUGCUGAAAGGAACAGAGCAGGAGCUGAAACCUUUUCCGUUUGGUCUCGUGGCAGAGGCAGAGGUCACGCCAGCAGCUCCACACAAUAUGAUGUGCCCACUAGUACCCUCUAGGGGUCCCUUGGAUGAGGAUAUAUUGGAUGACUCCUUGCUGGACCUGAGUGAAGGAGAAGAAGAUGAUGGCCAUUUCAGCUUCACAGAGGAAGAGAUAGAGAAGUACUUGCGGGAUGAUGAUCUAUCAGAUGAGGAUGAGGAACAUUCAUUGGACAGCCGUGUACCAGUAGCUGAGACUCCUGGCCUCUUCAAAUCACCUCAAAGUACAUCAGUUGGCCAGGGACCAACUCCUACGAAACCAUUAAACAGACCCUUUGCACCAGAAAAGAAUCUUGUAAAAUUAACAGUUGUUGCACCAUUUAAUCCAACAACUUGUGAUAUUAUGCUUAAUAAGGACAAGACUGAUACAUCCAAAGAUAUUGAAAAACGCUCCUCCCUUGGGGAAGGGAUGAGAGAAGAUGGUCUUAGCCCAAAAAAGAUCAGACUUUGCACUAAUUCUGAGGGGAUCAUCCCCAAUAACUCUUCCUGGGAUGGGCCCUUGCUCCCUUCUCCUUCAAGUAAUAACUUUCAACAAACUGUCCCUGGAAAAAGUAUGCCUGAUAGUAAGAAACCUACAUCUGUAAUCACUCAGAUCUUAGACCAUUCAGAGACUCCUCAUUUAGGGUCAUCCUGGAGAAAUGGAUCACAUAAAUCAAGUUGUGAAAUGAAGUUUCCAGUUGUUUCCAAUUCAUCAAACAAAGAUGUUCUUGACAAGGAUUCUGGGAAGCUGAAAGUUCCUGAGAGAAUAGGCAAAGUCAUUCCUGUUCUGCAAACCAAAGCAAGGACUAAUGUUUCACCGUUUUCACAAUCAGAUCUAGAACGGAAGAAGCAAACUUAUGUCAGGAGUGUUUUUGCUCAUAUAAAAGACUCAGUGGAUUCUAACCAAGGUGCCUUGGUGGAACUGUGUUCUUUGAUGGAUCAAGUUCAUCAUAUGCAUAACCAUCCGCAUCCUUCGGACCUCACCAUUCGAAACUAUGCCCGGUUCCGACAGAAACCUCUGGAAAGAUACAGUCUGACUCAGUGGGUUGACAGGAACAAGCGAAGCCACCAGCGGUUCCAGAGUCUCUAAGAUAACCAAUACAGUCCAUGUGUCUCACCCUGUUAGCAGUGAAGGUCCCUGUCCAGGUCCUGUCCAGAGUAGCAUCUUGUCUUCUGCUGUUUUGUGCUUGGCAGAUUUUGAAUUUUAUUUUCCACAAGAUUUUUAUUUAAAGAACUUUUUGCCUUUCGGAAGUGCCCAUUGCCAACUUGAAAUUUUUUUGUAUAAAAUCCUUCAGGCGUGCGUGCGUGUGUGCGUGCGUGCAUGCAUGUGUGUUUAAGCAGUGUUAAGAUGAUACAGUUUUUGUUUCUUUAAAUUGAAGGUGGCCACCUCCUGAAAGCUGACAUUAGGCGAAAACACCCAGGCUCAAACUAAUCACCCACCUUUAUGCAGAAGUGAAGUCUACUGGUGCCCAAAAGAAGUAAUCUUUUAAUCUUCUAUAAGGAAGAGAUUCCUUAUCAGGCUGCAAGCCAUUGUUAAUUGCUCAUGAUUUAUAAAUGGAUACAAAUAACUUUUAACACCUCUAAUUACCUGUCAAAAUUUUCAAGUUGGUAAUCCAAAAUAUUUGAAAUAGGAUAGUUGUCCUGUUAAAAGGACAGAUUAAAAGUAUAAAUCUUC